AUGAAUUCAUUUACACCAAGAUUUUGCUCCUCUUCAAUAACAUCAUUCUUUUAUGAUUUAUAUGAAUUAGAAGGUUUUAAAGAAUCAAGUGUAUCAUUUUUAAUUGAUGUGUUAAGUAAUAAAGAAAAUGUUUAUGAUUUCAAAACAUAUUUCAUAGAGUUAUUAAAUGCAGCCAAUAAUGAUAAAAAACCAAUGAUUUAUCAAUCAUUAAAUUCAAAUAAUUUGUGUUUCUUUGAAAGUAAUUUCCAAUUCAUUGCACCAAAAACAUCAUCACUCGAAUCAAAUUCAACCUCUGCUCAAUCAAAGACAACCGAUAUAUCCUCUCGUGCUUCGAUUGGUGUAUUGGAAGACCAAGUUAAUUCUAUUCAAUCAUUAUUAACUGUAGAAGUUGGAAAUCCAAAAACCAUUCCAUUUUAUAGUCUUUACAAUUAUGUUUAUACAUACUCUGAUACAAACCACUAUGAUUUCAUUCAAAAUGCUAGAGUGGAUAGUCCACAUACUAAAGAUUCUAAAAAUAGAUGUGUUUUCCAAGAUUCUAAAAAUAGAUUUUUCGAUUUAUCACCAACUUCAAAUGUUUUAGGACCAUCACAAUAUACUACAACAAAUGGUAGCAACAUUUUUUAUUUUAGUCUUUGUGAAACAUCAACUUUAUGUACUGCUACAGCUGGUGAGGGUCCAAUUCAAUAA